AUGAAAUUGAAAAAGGAUUUCAAGAUGAACUUCAAUUACGAAUUUUAAAUCAGGUAUGGUACAUCAAAUGUUAAUGAUAGAUUAAAAUUAGAAAACAUUGAAAGCAAUAAUUCGUAUUUUUUUUAAUAAUUUGGUAUUUGAUUUAUUUUUAUUAUAUAAUAGAAGGUUUAUUAAAAAAAGAAAUAAGAAUUUCAAGAUAAAUCAUCAUCCAUCGAAGAAUUUAGAAAGAUUGGAAAUGGAAAUGACAGAACUCAAAAAAAUAAUGAAUGA